AUGAUGCCAACGUCCUCGGCGGCGCCAGCGUCGCCGCGCGCGCGGCGGUCCCGGUCCGUGGUGGCCGAGCUGGAGGGCGCGCUGCUCCGGAGCGCGGACACGUUCCCGUACUUCAUGCUGGUGGCGUUCGAGGCCUCCGGGCUGCCGCGCUUCGUGCUGCUGCUGGCGCUGUGGCCCCUGCUGCGGCUGCUGGAGCUGGGGGCCGGUCCGGGCCGGCGGCGCGACCUGGCGCUGCGCGCCGCCGCGUUCGUGGCCACCGUCGGGGUGCCUCGCGCCGAGGUGGAGGCCGUGUCCCGGGCCGUGCUGCCCAAGUUCAUGGCCGACGACGUCGACCCCGCGGCGUGGGCGGCCUUCGGGAGCUGCGAGGGGAAGCGCGUCGUCGUCACGCGGAUGCCCCGCGUCAUGGUGGAGCGCUUCGCCAAGGAGCACCUCGGCGCGCACGAGGUGGUCGGCUGCGACCUCGAGUACAGCCGGCUCAGGCGGUCCACGGGGCUCCUGAAAGGCGCCGGCCGUGAGGCCGUCGCCACCCUUGUGCGCGCGCUGUUCGCCGGCGACGACCGGCCGGACCUCGGGAUCGGCGGGUCAGAGAUGGCGCGCUCCUUCUUGACAUUCUGCCAGGAGCAGCAGCUCAGGCCGCCGUUCACCGCGGACCACGAGACGAACGCGCCACCGUUCCGGCCGGUCAUCUUCCACGACGGCCGCCUGGUGUGCCGGCCCACGCCAUUCAUGUCCCUCGUCAUCCUCCUCUGGCUGCCCCUCGGCGUGCUGGUCGCCUUCGUCCGGAUCGCCGUCGGCCUCAUGGUCCCCAUCUGGACCAUCCCCUACAUCGCGCCGGUCUUCGGCGGCGCCGUGAUCAUCCACGGCCGCACGCCUCCGCCUGUCAGACUCAGCGACGCCGCCACGGACGACGGCGGCUCGCCCUCAGGGGUCCUCUUCGUCUGCACGCACCGCACGCUCAUGGACCCCGUGGUGCUGGCCACCGUGCUCGGCCGCCGCGUGGCCGCCGUGACCUACUCCAUCUCCCGCCUCUCAGAGAUCCUCUCCCCGAUCCCGACGAUGCGGCUGACGCGCGACCGGGACGUGGACGCGGCGCGCAUGCGGGCCGAGCUGGCCCGGGGCGACGUGGCCGUGUGCCCCGAGGGCACCACGUGCCGGGAGCCCUUCCUGCUCCGCUUCUCCAAGCUCUUCGCGGAGCUCAGCGACAGGAUCGUGCCCGUGGCGAUGAACUACCGCGUGGGGCUCUUCCACCCGACGACGGCGCGCGGGUGGAAGGCCAUGGACCCCAUCUUCUUCUUCAUGAACCCGCGGCCCGUGUACGAGGUGACGUUCCUGAACCAGCUCCCCGCGGAGGCGACGUGCGCGGCGGGGAAGAGCCCCGUGGACGUGGCCAACUACGUCCAGCGGAUACUCGCCGCCACGCUCGGCUUCGAGUGCACCACCCUCACGAGGAAGGACAAGUACACGGUGCUCGCCGGCAACGACGGCAGCGUCAACGCCAAGCCGGCGGCGGCCGGGAAGCCGGCCUGGCAGAGCCGCGUGAAGGAGGUCCUCGGCUUCCUGCUCCACUGA